UCUUUCUUCCAAAGACGCGAAUGAUUGGUCAAGACAUAUCCGUGUUUUGAACGUGUUUCCUGGAGCUUCGCUCUCGUUGUUUAUCUUUUUAUAACAACCACCACCGGGUACCCGUCAGCCUUAAUUUAGUUCUGUUAGAUGGUAGGAGAAACUCUUCAACAUGCCAGUCCACUCCCGUGAAAAGAAAGAAAACAACCACGAGGACAUGGAGGUGGAUUAUCCGGAGCAAGACGCUAGCAGUUCUGACGAGGAAGAUACUGUAAGCUCAUCUGUUUCUGAAGAUGGAGACACUUCAGAAAUGGACGAUGAAGAUUGUGAGAGGAGAAGGCUGGAAUGUCUUGACGAAAUGACAAAUCUUGAGAAGCAGUUCACGGACCUCAAAGAUCAAUUAUACAAAGAGAGACUGAGUCAAGUUGACAUCAAGCUGCAGGAAGUCAUUGCUGGCAAUGCUCCGGAGUACUUAGAACCCCUUGCCACCCUUCAAGAGAAUAUGCAGAUCAGAACCAAAGUAGCAGGCAUUUAUCGUGAGCUGUGCUUAGAGUCUGUGAGGAACAAGUAUGACUGUGAGAUGCAGGCUGCCAGUCAACACUGGGAGAGCGAGAAGCUACUGCUGUUUGAUACAGUUCAGAGUGAGCUGGAGGAGAAGAUAAGACGCCUAGAGGAAGAUCGGCACAGUAUAGAUAUUACCUCAGAAUUAUGGAAUGAUGGUUUGCAGUCCAAAAAGAAUAAGAAGAAAGAUUCUUUCACCCCUGGCAAGAAGAAGAAGCCUGUUGUUGUAUCAGGGCCAUAUAUUGUUUACAUGUUGCAAGACUUGGAUAUACUCGAAGACUGGACGGCAAUAAGAAAGGCAAUGGCUUCAAUGGGACCACACAGAAUGAAAGUGGAUGUUCCCUCAAAGCCUGAGAAGCAUCACCGUGUUGCUCGCUCAGAGGAUGGACGUCUGUUCUAUGACAACAAGUGGUAUUCCAGAGGGCAGGGCAUCUGCAUCAAUAGGAAGGAUGAGUAUCCUACCAGUGCCAUCAUCACCACUAUCAACCAUGAUGAGGUCUGGUUCAAACGACUGGAUGGCAGCAAGUCGAAGCUCUACAUCUCGCAGCUGCAGAAAGGCAAAUACACCAUCAAGCACUCUUAGUGGUGGCCGAGUUCCAUCUACUUGCGCCUUGUGUUCUCUGUUGCCAUUGCAACCUGGCUUUUGGCCUUGUCCUCCAUGCGC